AUGGAGUUUGGAGAUCACACUGAGAUGGGAGAGCAUGGCAUCAACCUAAGUGGUGGCCAGAAACAGAGGAUACAACUUGCUAGGGCUGUAUAUCAAAAUUGUGACAUAUAUCUUCUCGAUGACGUUUUCAGCGCUGUUGAUGCUCAUACUGGAUCAGAAAUAUUUAAGGAAUGUGUGAGGGGAGUGCUUAAAAACAAGACGGUUUUAGUUGUAACUCAUCAAGUUGACUUCUUGCAUAAUGUUGAUCUUAUUUUGGUCAUGAGAGAUGGGAUGAUAGUACAGGCUGGAAAGUCUAAUGAUUUGCUAAAUUCUGGCCUGGAUUUCAAACAGCUAGUAGCUGCCCAUGAAACCUCCAUGGAACUUGUAGAAAUGAGCACCACUAUUCCCAGAAAAAGUUCCCCCAGUCCUCAAAUAUCUCCACAACUCUCUUCGAACCACUGGGAAGCCAAUGGUGGAAACAACUCUUUGGACCAACCAAAGUCUGAUAACAGGACUUCUAAACUCAUCAAAGAAGAGGAGAAAGAAACAGGCAAAGCAUCAACUGAUCAGACGAAUAUCAAUCAAUUUCUUCCCUUCAUUUUGGCUAUGACCAUUGCCAUGUACAUCACUGUGCUUGCCAUCUUUAUCGUUGGUUACUAUCUUGCAUCAUCUCGUGAAUUAACUCGACUCGAUUCGAUCACAAAAGCUCCUGUUAUCCAUCACUUCUCAGGAAGCAUAUCCGGAGUUAUGACAAUCCACUCUUGCAGAAUGCAGAACAUGUUCUCCAAGGAAAAUGUUAAACGGGUUAACGCCAAUUCACCUAUGGAUUUCCACAACAAUGGGUCCAAUGAGUGGUUUGGUUUCCGUAUGGAGAUGCUUGGGAGUUUAGUUUUCUGCAUUUCCACUGUGUUCAUGUUCUUGUUGCCAAGCAGUAUAAUUAAGCCAGAGAAUGUUGGUUUAACUCUCUCCUACGGAUUGGCCCUGAAUGGUGUGCUGUUCUGGGCCAUUUAUAUGAGCUGCUUUGUCGAAAAUAAGAUGGAAUCGGUUGAGAGGAUAAAACAAUUUACAAACAUCUCAUCAGAGGCAGCAUUGGAGAUAAAAGACCGUGUUCCUCCUUCAAAUUGGCCUUCCCGUGGCAAUGUCGAGCUCAAAGACUUGCAGAGCCUUGAACACUGCCAACUUAAAGAUGUGGUAGCUGCAAAACCUGAUAAACUCAAUUCUUUAGUGGCUGAUGACGGCGACAACUGGAGCGUGGGGAAAAGACAGCUUCUCUGUUUGGGGCGAGUUAUGUUGAAGCACAGCCGGCUCUUGUUCAUGGACGAGGCCACGGCUUCAGUUGAAUCACAGACAGAUGCUCAUUGCUCACAGAAUACCUACAGUGAUGGACUGCAACAGAGUUUCAGUAUGCAGGACUGGCUAAAGAAUUUGACAAACUGUCCCGCUUGCUUGAGGGACAAUCAUUGUUUGGGGCAUUGGUUCAGGAGUAUGCCAACCGUUCAUCAGGACUAUAAGCAACCAUCUUUGGUUUCUCUAAUCGUUGCUUCCGGUGAUUCCUUUUGUGCUUACAAAUCUUCCAAGAAUCACCUGCCUGCAUUUGUCCCUCGCAUUAUUAAAAUAAGAAGAGGCCCUUCUCAGCUGUGUGUGGGAAUUAUCAAGACAAUAAUGCAAGUCCAAGUCAAGCCUCCCUUAGACUUGUGGCAAGAAGUAGCUAAUCUACUCCAGUUACCACCCACGUUUCUCCAUUCUGUUUAG